AUGAGAACAUGUGUGUUCAACGACUUGCGUCUUUUACGCAAAACAAUACUGCGUAACCCUGUGCAGUCGUAUUCUCCGUCACGGUUCAUCCAUUUGUCACAGAAAGGAAGGAGGCCAUGUCUGGUACCUAUCUACCAGGUGUCACGCCCAAGGAUAUGGACCGAAGGAUAUCGGAGCUUUGUCACCAGCGCAUCACGACUCAGCUCAGAACCAGAGACCAUUGAAGGGCAGAUAAUCGAGGAAGAAAAUAAGGAGGAAGAAGUAUACCACUCAAUUAUCAAAGACACAGAAAGGUCAACUGGUCCAGGAGACAAGCGAGAGUUUCAGGCAGAGACAAGGAAACUUCUGGACAUUGUGGCACGAUCUUUGUACUCAGAAAGAGAGGUGUUUAUCAGAGAGCUGAUUUCCAACUCAAGUGAUGCCUUGGAGAAGAUGCGGUACAUGGAGAUGAGUGGAACUGCUGAGGGUGACUCAACUGUGCCCCUGGAGAUACACAUCGCUGCUGAUGAUGCAAAGAAGACCUUCACUAUACAGGACACAGGAGUAGGAAUGACUAAGGAAGAGAUGAUAGAGAACCUCGGCACAAUAGCAAGGUCCGGCUCAAAGGCAUUUUUGGAGUCGGUCAGUGAGAGCAAUUCUGAUGUCAACAAUAACAUCAUCGGUCAGUUUGGCGUGGGCUUCUAUUCCUCCUUCAUGGUGGCUGACAAGGUCGAGGUGUACUCAAAGUCAAACCAACCUGAUGCUGUUGGAUACAAAUGGACAUCUGAUGGGACGGGGAUGUUUGAGAUUGCGGAGGCUGAUGGUGUACAGAGGGGUACUAAGAUAGUGCUACACCUUAAGGGAGACUGUUACAACUACUCUAACGAGGAAGUCAUCAAAGAGGUGGUAAAGAGGUACAGUAACUUUGUGGGCGUUCCUAUUUUCCUGAAUGGAAAGCGAGCUAAUGUUGUUCAGGCUCUGUGGCUGGCUGACCAGAAAGACAUUACAUCAGAAAUGCAUGAGGAAUUUUACAGAUAUAUCGGUAAUGUGUAUGAUAAGCCUCGAUAUCACCUCCACUACAAGACUGAUGCGCCCCUCAACAUCCGAGCUCUUUUCUAUGUUCCCGAGUACAAACCAACUUUAUUUGAUAUGAGUCGAGAGACAGAUGUAUGUGUGACUCUAUACAGCAGAAAAGUUAUGAUAAUGCCCCGAGCUUCUCACAUUCUGCCACGCUGGCUACGAUUUCUCAAAGGUGUUGUGGAUAGUGAGGACAUACCUCUCAAUCUUAGUCGUGAAUUACUUCAGGACAGUUCACUCAUCAGGAAGUUACGCCAAGUCCUUACCACUCGCAUUCUCAAAUUUUUCCAAGAUUGUGCGAAGAAGGACCAACCAACCUACUCUGCAUUCUACGAUGAUUAUGGCCUGUUUUUUAGAGAAGGGAUUGUCACUGAACAUGACCAGGAGAUGAGGGAAGAGAUUGCCAAGUUGUUGAGAUUUGAGUCAUCAAAGUCAGCUAAAGGAGAACGUAUCAGCAUGAAUGAGUAUGCAUCCCGUAUGAAGGCAGGAUCUCGGGAGAUCUACUUCUUGUCUGCCCCAAAUCGAGAGCUGGCAGAGCAGUCACCAUACCUUGAGGCUCUCGAGAAGAGGGAUGUGGAAGUGCUGUUUCUGUAUGAGCCGUACGACGAGCUUGUACUAAUGAACCUUGGACAGUAUGACAAAAAGUUCUUCAAGUCCAUAGAGAAUGAGAUGACAAACGACAAGGCUGACACUGACACUGUUGAUGAGACUGACGAAAAAAGUUUGCGCCAGGGAGAGGUUGAUGAUUUAAAGACUUGGUUACAAGGAGUCCUUGGCAACAAGGUCACAAAGGUCAAGGUAACAAAGAAACUGGUGUCCCAUCCAUGUGUAAUAACAGUUCCGGAGAUGGGAUCUGUUCGUCAUUUCCUCCGCACCACAUUGGCAGACAAGAGUGAGGAGGAACGCUAUCGUGUACUACAUGCUACGCUGGAGAUCAACCCUAGUCACCCACUCAUCAAGAAGAUACAUGACCUUCAAAAGACCAAUACAGACUUAGGAAGACUUGUAGCAGAACAGCUGUUUGACAAUGCCAUGAUCAACGCAGGUCUGCUGGAUGACCCCAGGACGAUGGUUGGGCGUGUGAAUGAGAUCUUGGAGAAGGCAUUAUUGUGAUAGAAAAUCCAAGAGGAACGGACUAGGGAUAGAAUUCUGUGUGGUGACUCUCAACAUACUCCAAGAGAACUGCUUUCUCAGACAAUUUGGUGACUUUGUUGUACACUCAAGAAUUACAGGAAAAAUUGUUUUAUUUUAGCCAUUCUUGCAGGUUGAUGAUGGUAUGAAUAUUCCAGUAGGGUACUGAUACUUGUUAAAAUACAGAUAUUUCUGGUCAGAGUCACGUUUAACUCCAUUGUCAUUCCUUUUCAAUUUUUCAAAAGACACAAUUUUUAUUGAUUUUUAAAAAAAAAGUUCUCUCACUGAAUUAAGAGAUAUGAUAACCAUCCAGCUGAAGUUGAUUUGAAUAAAAAAAACAUUAAAAAACACACACACACUCAUGCACAGACACACAUACUAAUACAUUAAACAAAUAUGUACUCAUGAAGCAUGAUGUUGCCAAUUUUAACUUCAUACCAAGGUCAAGGUCAUUGUCAUAGGAACUCUAUAAAAAAAAUGAAAACCAUUUUCUUGUAGGAUGAAAAAAUAGUUUUACAGCGGAUAUCUUUUCUCAACACACAGGACAUUAAGUAGACUCAUGGGAAUAUGUUUUUGACACCAGAAUUAGUAGAUUUGAUUCAUGAGUUUUAAGAGAAAUGCUUAUUUCACAUGUGUUUGACCCUUGAGAUUUGUGAUUUGACUUCUGAAAUCGCAAAAUUUCAGGGGUCAACUUGAUGCUCCAAAACACACACAUAAAAAAUCACCAAGCACUUGUGAAAAUGUACUCCUGAAGCAUAAAGUUUCAAAAUAAUUUCAUAUCAUUUCAUGUCCAUUUUGACAAAAAAGUCAAAGGUCAAUAUGACAUUAUUUCAGUGUGAGGCUCUUAAAUUGAUAUGAUGUUAAUAGUGAUGUUUACUGGUUGUAUAUGUGCAAAAGGUAUUAGAUAAAACAGCUGAUGUUGAUGUUUCUAAAGACAUUUGUUCGGGUUUUUAGGUAUUUAACUGAUAAGUGUAACGGUGAGGAAGCUUGAGUGUUAAACCAUCAGUACCUGUAGAAAACUUUGAUAUUCUUGACAAUGUAAUAUAUAGGAAAGUUUGUCAGAUGGUUAUUUUUGGUAAAAAAGACCUUGACUAUUAAAACCAUCAGUGUUACUUUUGGAUCAUGAGAUGUAUAGGGAGGAUAGUAGUAUAACUGGUGAUAGAAGUAUUGUUGGUGAGAAACUUUCACUGGUGAACCAUCAGUAUUUGUGUAAAAGUUCAGUAUUCUCAACCAAUUAAUGUGCAAGAAGGAUCAACUUGCUGUGUUAACACUGAAUGGAAUGUAGUUUUAACUUGUGUGAGACCUGUAUUUGUUUCUAGUUGAUAACAAUGUGUGCAUUGAAAUGAACAGUAGUUUAGGAGCAAUUUACUGCUGCUACCAAAUCAAUAGUUAUUUAAGACUGCAUUUAGAAGAAGCGGUAUCUUUCCUGGGUUAGAAAGCGCGUGGUUAAUUCUGUAGAGGAGAGGUGCUAGAAUGAAGUAUUGACUGGAGUAGAAGGAGGCUGUCUGCUUCCAUAGCAAGUCUUCAUCACUGACAUCCUCAAAAUACACAGUAGAGAGAGUGAUGUGUUAAUUCACCUCCAAUAAAUCCAUUGAUUCCCUCGAUAUGCUGGUGUCAGCACAUAGUCACAUGACACAUUCAUGACUUAUAUGGAGAGAUAGCCACUGAUUUCAUCAAUAAGCAGAUUAAAUGUCGUAUUUUCAUCACAUCUCUAAAUAAUUACUGAAGACCAUGGUUUAAUCGGACAUUUUGAGAUCCUUAUUACCAUGUGGACACUCUAUAAACAGGAACUCCAUUAAACUGACCAAAACUUAGGUCCCUUGUUUAUCCAUUUAAAACACAUGGUUUAUGUAUUUACCUUUAGAGGUGGGUUAUGAUUGUGAAGAUGACUUUCCCCCACUCAAUUAAACACAUAAAGAUAUAGUUAAUAUUGUACUGUGUUCAGAUUUUCAAAUUGUUUCAUUAAAUUUUUCAAUCAUAGCCCACAUUUUAAGAAAUGCUUCUGAACAAAUCAGAAUUUGAAGUAAUAGUGAAGAAUGCUGAGAAAAGAGAAAAUCAUCUUAAAAGAGGGCAAAUUACAUCACAAGAAAUCACAAAGAUCAGAGUUAACUUUUUACUACUAUAUUAUUUCACGUAAGAACUUUAUUCAUAUUUCAUGAAUUGUGAUAUCGAAUUGCAAAUCAUUACAUUUUAUACAUAUGGACUUUCAUUUGUAACUUUUCAUAACAUUUUUAGUAUGUCGCGUGGAUUAUAUAUGAAAUAAAAUGAAAAUAAAUAAA